UCAUAACCUCAGCUAUCAUGAGUUAGCGCCCUCUAUGCAAUAACUUGAAAGACAACCGCAUUCCAUCUCUUUCUAUUCGGAAUUGCAAUCAUGGUAAACGUACCGAAGCAAAGGCGCACGUUUUGCAAGAAAUGCAAAGUGCAUAAGUUACAUAAAGUAACCCAAUAUAAAAAAUCGAAAGAACGACAUGCCGCUCAAGGUAGAAGACGUUACGAUCGUAAACAACAAGGUUUCGGUGGACAAACUAAGCCUAUUUUCCGUAAAAAGGCUAAAACCACGAAGAAAAUUGUAUUGCGUAUGGAAUGUGCCGAUUGCAAGUAUCGUAAACAAAUCCCAUUGAAGAGGUGCAAACAUUUUGAACUUGGUGGUGACAAGAAACGCAAGGGACAGAUGAUUCAGUUCUAAUCUGUAUAUUUUAGGACGUUUAUAUUUAAAAUAAAAUAUAAAAAAAUCAA